UUUUCUCCAUCUUGAAACAAACCGGAAGUUUUGGAAAGAAAUGUCAAACUUUGACAGGUCAAUAUUUUUUUUGAGUGUUAUGGAAAUAGGACGAGCGAUGCAAUGAUAACAACCCAGAAUGAUCUUACAGUUCAGUAGAAUCACCCCGUCGUUAGACAUAAGGACUGUUUUCAUCGCUGCAAGAUGUAUCAAUGACCUACUGUUUUCCAAGGACCAGUUUUUAAGGGCUGUCCAUCCGAGUGCUUCUGGGUAUUUAAUAUUGACCAGGACCCUUCUUCAAAUCAGUGACUCAUGAACGGAUCAUCUGCAUAUUUUGGAUAUGAAAUCGAUAUGAAUACGUCGUCUGGCGGCGAGAUCGCCCCACAACAUAACUGGGAGGUACUGUUGCUGCUGCCCUUGGUGAUAUUUGGCGUGGCGGGAAACAUUCUGGUUUCCAUGGCGGUUACUAUGGAAAAGCGUCUACAGAGCGUGACCAACUACUUCCUGUUAUCACUUGCAAUCACGGACCUUCUCGUCUGCAUUAUCGUAUGGCCGUUCAGCAUUCUCAAUGAAUUUUUAGGUUAUUGGCCUCUGAAUGUAGCGCUCUGUGAUCUGUAUAUUACGUCAGACGUUCUUCUGUGUACGUCAUCGAUUCUGCACCUCUGUACAAUAUCGUUGGAACGAUUUCUCGCUAUCAGGAGUCCUUUAAUGUUACGGACGCGGACUAAAACAACGACCAGAAUAAAAAUCUUUCUUGUUUAUCUCGCCGCAUUGGCAAUAAGCAGUCCAAUUAUGAUACUUGGCUUUGUUAAUGAGAAGAAUAUAUUGAACGGAAACCAGUGCGUGCUAAGUAAUAAGCAUUUCAUAAUUUACGGGAGUGUAAGCGCUUUUUACAUUCCCUUAGGGAUCAUGGGGAUUUUGUUCGGUUUAACGAUACAUCUGUUGAGAGCUAAAUCGAAAAUGUGUGAUCCCAACGAGAGCAGAGACGGCGACGUGAUAAUGAGAAGAUUUAGAAGCAGUGGGAGUUUGAGCUUUAGGAAACGUUCUAAAGCUUUACAGAAGGAAUAUGCUAAUAGAUCUAUGUCGCCACUGACUCCCAUGUCAUCGCUAGAUGGCAAUGAAAAGUUCUUUCGCCAACAAUCAACGACUAGUAAUGACACUACUGAACAAACUGAUCAGGUAAAGCCAUUAUUUUACAAAGAUACAGAUCAAUCGGACAGUAGUUCAUCAAGAAGUGGAAGCCCUGUCUCACAGCAGCUCAGUUCUCCAGAAUGUCAUAGCACGGAUCAAUCUACUUCAACUGAUUACCGUAUACACUUGGAAGAUUUACGGCAACAAAGCAUUCCCGAAGAUGAACUUUAUGACACGGGUACCAGUACAGCCGUCACGCGAUCUCUCUCUACGCAUGAUCAAGGGUUAGCCAAUCAAAAGCUAAGUGAUAUGAAUGAUAACGAGACUGUCGAAUCAGGAGUUAUAAAGACAUUUAGUGCGCCAUCAAGAUUGCAUGACCUUGUGAAAAAGCACCAUGGGUUAGGAUCUGCACGAUCUCCAAGCAGUUUUAUGUCUAUGUCUAAAAAAGAUUCACUCCGACAAAAACAAGUGAAAAAUUCCGUUAGAACAGAGCAAAAGGCGAGUAAAACUCUGGGGAUUUUGUUCGGUUGUUUUGUGUUUUGCUGGGGACCAUUCUUUAUUGUGAACAUUCUCACAGCAAUAUGUGAUUCAUGUUAUUUUGACCAUCUUAUGGUCACCAUAUUUGUUUGGUUAGGUUAUGUAUCCAGUACGCUCAAUCCCAUUAUAUACACUGUGUUUAACAGAACUUUUAGAACCACAAUUAUCAAACUCAUGAAAUGCCAGUAUAAACGUGUACAAAAGUCAAUGAGGAUCAAAGCUAUAUGUGUAGGUCUUAACUACAACGUUCCUGAACGUAAGGACGCCGAUAUGCGUAUACCAUUAUGACACACGCUUACAAAAGUACAUGAAUGGAUGGAAAAGUAAUAUUGUACAGAUUGCAAGAGAGGAACAGGACAGAAGUGAUAACGUCUGGUUUGUUAGAAGAUUUCAGAUAAAAAUGAUUACGUCAAGAUUGAGAGAGAAACCCGAAAAUAAUA